AUGCGCAGGAGUAGAAGUGCUGAACUUCUACCAUUAGAUCCUGAGAUAGAGCGCACCUUGCAUCGGUUGAGAAGAGAGAACAGAAGAAGGGAAGAAUUGCAGGUAGUUGAGAUGGCAGAUGAUGACAUCAACCGCCAAAUACAGGGUGCUGCCAGAGCACUUCGAGACUAUGCAGUACCUACUAUUAUGGGUUCUGCGAUCAGAAGGCCCACUAUUCCAGCUAAUAACUUUGAACUGAAGCCAGCACUCAUCCAGAUGGUUCAAUCAAAUCAGUUUGGAGGAUAUCCCAACGAGAGUCCUGAUGAGCAUAUUGCAGGAUUCCUCCAAUACUCUUUUCCUUUCUCGCUUAGGGAUAAAGCGAGAGCCUGGUUCAAUUCACUGCCACAAGAGUCCAUCACCACCUGGGCCGACCUUUCAUCUAAGUUUCUCAGGAGAUUUUUCCCACCAGCUAGGACUGCAAGAUUGAGGAACGAAAUCACUAACUUCACCAAGUUCAAUGGUGAAUCACUUUAUGAGGCAUGGGAGAGAUUCAAGGAGGCAAUCAGAAAGUGCCCACAUCACGGAUUGCCAGAUAAUCUCCUAAUUGAGGUCUUCUAUCUUAGCCUGGAUGAUACAUUGAGGUCUCUAGUAGACGCUGCAGCAGGAGGCGCACUGAUGGGUAAGAAUUAUGAUGAAGCAAGUGCUUUGAUAGAAGAGAUGGCCUCCAGUGCACAUAAUUGGCAGAAUGAAAGAAGUAAAUCAAGAGUGGCAUCAGUCAAUGACAUGGACACUAUUGCUAAUUUGACAACCCAGAUUUCAGCUCUCACUACCCAGGUUGCUUUUUGUGAGUUGUGUUCAGGACCACAUUCGACUCUUGAAUGCAUGUCUGGAAAUCCCUCGGCUUCACCCAAUGGAGAGCAAGUGAACUUUGUCAACAACUUCCAACGGAGUAAUCAAGGGCCUUAUUCGAACACUUACAAUCCCGGGUGGCGUAAUCAUCCUAAUUUCUCAUGGAGGAAUGAGAAUAAUGCACUUAAACCGCCACCUGGAUUCCAAAAGCAAGGCCCUGCUCAGAAUGCUCCACCUCAGCAAAGUCAGUCGAGAAUGGAAGAGCUCAUGUUGAGCUAUAUGCAAAAGACUGACACCAUGCUACAGAAUCAACAAGCCACUAUUCGAAACCUAGAGGGUCAGAUUAGUCAGAUUUCUCAGCAAUUGAGUAAUAGACCAUCAGGGUCUUUACCCAGCAACACUGAAGAGAACCCCAAGGGUGUCAAUGCUAUAAUGCUGAGGAGUGGCAAGGAAUUGGAAAUAGUCAAUAGAAAAGCUCAAACUCAGGAGGAGAGUCCGGAGAAAGACAAAGGUAAGCAAAAGGUGGAGGAACCAAGGCAGAAGUCACUAGGGGUGAAACCGUAUGUUCCUCCUGUCCCUUUUCCAGGAAGAUUGAAGCAACAACAGUUGGACGCCCAAUUUGCUAAAUUCCUAGAUGUUUUUAAAAAGCUGCAAAUCAACAUUCCAUUUGCAGAAGCACUCCAGCAGAUGUCUUCAUAUGCUAGAUUCAUGAAGGAUCUGCUCACUAAAAAGAGGAAGUUUGAUGGGAGUGAGCCUGUGAUGCUUACAGGAGAGUGUUCUAUGAUUCUCCAAAAGGACUUGCCUAACUUACCACGCAAACAAAGAGAUCAGGGGAGUUUCACUGUUCCUUGUACUAUAGGGAAUUUUCAUUUUGAGAACGUUCUUAUUGAUUCAGGUGCAAGAGUAUCAAAUAUCCAAAGGGUAUUGUUGAGAAUGUCCUGGUGA